AGUGCUCGCACCUCUCGCCUCAUCGCCUGGUGCAAAGCUAAUGAUGAUGCACGCAUCAAACUCUUCUCCGAUUCUGUGAAGGAUGCAAAAGAGCAAGGGAGGAAGAAAAAGCAGAGUGCUGCUCCAAAAGAAACAUACUACUCGCAGCUUGCAAAUGCUAUAUUUUCAAAUGACGAAGAUCCUGAAGUACGGCUCCUCUUCCAGACAAAGCCUGGUGCUUUGAUCAAGCCUGUUCAGACUCGAUUCGGAACGCUCAAAAGAAAAUACAACGAGUUCAACAAGUCCCUCAAGCAGACAGGCGCCGGAUUAACAUAUGAUGAGCUACAGAAGAACCCGCAGACCAAGACACUCAUUGAUUCGCAACUGGACAAAUUCCCAUGGUGGCCAGACCUUCACGGUUGGUGGAGGACAAAUCCUGCCUAUAAUACUGUAUUCUCAACCGCUGAUCCUGGACAAAACUAUGAAUCUGCUGCGCUA